AUGAUUAAUUCAACAUUUUAAAAAAAAAUUAACAAACUUUCUUUGAUUUUUUUUCCUGUUCAUGUGAAUAUCGAUCGAUCCAUAUUUAGCAUCAAGCAACAAAGCAAACAAAGCAAACAAAGCAAAACAACAACAACAAACAACGAAUUCAUCAUGUUGAUUCAUUAUUCAAAAAAAAUGAAUCGAUCAUCAUUGAAUCAAUUAAUAAUGACAACAAUAUUAAUAUUAUUAAUUAUUUGUUUUAUAAUGGCAAUUAGUAGUGUUGAAUCAGCAACAAUAUUCAAAUCGCAUAGAAAAUUUGCCAAACAUUUGUAUAAAUUUAUACGUAAAGAGAAAAAAUUCUUUAAAAAAAAAGGUAUUGAAGUUGCUGCAUUGGCUGCUAUUAGUUCGAUACAUAAGAAAAAGAUACCGAUUCCAUUUCCAUUACCAAUACCUGUAAUAAAACAGCCAAUCAUUCAUGAACCAAUAUUUUAUGGUGGUAAAUUUGCUGAAAAAGGAUUAGCUAAAGGUGCUGCAUUAGAUUUAUUGGCACAUGCAAAAACUGGUGGCCUUAUUGGUCAUGGUGGUUUUGGUCAUUCGGGUAUUGGUGGUCUUGGUCAGCUUGGACUUGGUGGUAUACAUGGUGGCAUCGGUGGCAUGGGCGGUGUUGGUGGUGGAUUUUUUUAAAUGAUAACGGCAAAAGAAAAACAUAAUUUCCAUAUAUUUACAUCAAUUUUUAUUUUUGAUAAUCAUUCCAAAGAUUAUAAAAAAAAUAUAUAGCA